AUGCGCCCGGCAGUGAGAUGCGUCGACCAAUACACCGGCGGAGCCGAACACGCCGUGAUGCACCUGCUCUACUCCCGGUUUUUCGUCAAGGCGCUCCACGACAUGGGAGUGCUGGACUUCGACGAGCCAUUUUUGCGUCUGUAUAACCAGGGUGUGAUCCUGGGUGAAGACCACGAAAAGAUGAGCAAGAGCCGGGGCAAUUUGGUCAACCCCGACGAGGUCGUGGGCCAGCUGGGCGCCGACGCCGUCCGGUGCUUCCUCAUGUUCAUCGGCCCCUGGGACCAGGGCGGGCCCUGGAGCGACGUGGGAAUCAUUGGCACCGCCCGCUGGCUCAACCGGGUUUGGGACCUCGUGGAACGUGACCCAUCCCAACUGGAUCCGGCAACUUUGGACCCGGAAUCGGUGCGCCAGACCCAACGGGUCCUGCACCAGACCAUUCGUAAAUGCUACAACGAUCUCGACCAGUUCAAAUUUAACACCGCCAUUGCCGCGUUGAUGGAGUUUUCCAAUCACCUGAACCGGGUCUGGGCCGAUUCCAGCGUGGACCCGGAAACCUGGAGGCAGUGCGUGGAGCAUUUUCUGCUGCUGCUGGCGCCGAUGGCUCCGCAUUUCACCGAAGAGCUUUGGGAGAGGAAAGGUUUGCCCUACAGCAUCCACCAGCAGAGUUUUCCGGCUUGGGACGAGGGGCUUGCCGCCAACGACAUGAUUACGCUGGUGGUCCAGGUCAACGGCAAGGUGCGGGACCGGUUGAACGUGCCGGCGGAUAUCGACGAAGCCGCCGCCCAGGCCCAGGCGCUGACCAGUCCCCGGGUUCAAGCUACACCCAGGGUAAAGCGGUCGCCAAAACAAUUUAUGUCCCUGGCCGCUUGGUCAACCUGGUUCUCGGCUAGAACAGGGCGAUCGCAUUACGAACUGACGGCUGGUGCAUCCGAAAUGUGA